UCAAAUUUCCGCAUUUUCGGCUGAGGUCAGUGAGUGGAACUACAAUAAACUGAAGUUUGUCCACUGUGCAACAACACACCAGCGGCAAUGUCACAGUUUCUGCUGAGAUUAAACCUGAGGAGAUGCGUCGCCUCUCAGAUUCGAAUGGCAUCUGAUCAGCUUGGUGAGUUGGGCAAGGGAGCAGGCAAAGGUGGCGGUGGAGGAGGCUCUGUGAGGGCGGCCGGCGGUGCAUUUGGAAAGAGAGAAGCAGCAGAGGAGGAGUGGUACUUCAGGCAGAAGGAGAAGGAGCAGAUGGAGGCGCUGAGAAAGCAUCACGCGGAGGAGAUCGAGCACCACAAGAAGGAGAUUGAGCGCCUAGGGAAGGAGAUUGACCGCCACAAGGGCAAAAUCAGAAAGCUGAAACAUGACGACUGAAGCAGGGGAGGCCUGUCGUCAGUUUAGUUUUCUGACACUAACCAUAUCGUUGCCAAGUCGAUGAUUAUCAGAUGUUGAUUGAUAUACUGCUGGUCAAGGCAGGUCCUGUAUCAGACUUCAUACUGACAGCAUGGAAACUAAAGAACAAUAAAGUACUUGACCAUUCAAAUUCAAAGGGAA